AUUUCUUGAUUUUGAAACUCUUCCUUCCUCAAUUAUAUAAGGAGGUUUUAAGCAUCGGAUUUUGAAGCAACAAGUGUGGAUUUCCUAGUCCCUGAUCUUUUUGGUGACAGAACUUUUCUCUCACGCAUAUUUAUUCUCUUACAAAGAAGAAGAAGAAAUAAGGGCUGAGAUACAAAGAUUAGAUUCAGAUAAGAUGCCUUGCCUUUAUAUCUCCACCAAUGUCAACCUUGAUGAUGUUGAUAAGGAUCCCAUCUUUUCCGAGGCCACAAAAGCUGUUGCUUCCAUCAUCGGAAGACCUGAACAUCUUGUGAUGGUCAUACUUAAAGGAACCUUGGGCAUAUCAUUCAAUGGAAACAAGGAACCAGCUGCGUACGCAGAGAUAGUGUCAAUGGGUGGGAUUACCAAACAAGUUAAGAGGAAUCUGAUCGCUACCCUUGGAACAAUUCUUGAGGCAAAGUUAUCCAUCCCCAGGGUACGAUUCUUCCUCAAAGUUUAUGAUACAACAGCUGCUGGCAACUGCUCCAAGUUGUAACUUCUGAUAGGAUGAUGGCCAUAGAGUUUCAUCCUAACCAUCUGGGUUUUCAAUUUCUGUUUCGUUUUAUGUCUGCUUAUUUUUAAAUUGUCAGAGGUCGUCCUGUCAGGAAAAAAGAAAAGCAAAAAAAGAUUAAAAUGUUCAAGAA